CAAAACUUGUACAUGAACGGAGUAUGAUACAGUACAACACAAGCAUCUAUUGCUUGCUUCUUCUCUUCCCCCAUUUCUCUUUCAUUUCUUCACAAAGUUAAGACUCCGUAUUAGAUUCCUUCAAUACUCUUUUUUUGCCCAUUGAAUUUCCCAAGGACUCUGAGCUAAUACUGAACUACCCCAAUUGUCAAUCUUUUGUUUCCUUUUCAUACAUAAACCUGAUUACUCUGUUUCUUUCAAUUUGCUGUUUUUAGGGGUUCCUUUCUGACUUUAUGAUACACAAUCCUUCUUGGUCUCUUGAUUUUUUGAUCUUUUUUCCGCAGAACCUCUCUAUUGCAGAAAAUGUGCCUCAUACCCAUUAAUCCAAAUUUGUUGUAGAAAAAUUAGCUCAAGAAAUCAUUCAAAGUGAUAUACACACACAGAAUUAUUUUCACUCCCGUUUCUCUUAAAAAAGUCACUUUAUUCAGGGAGAAAAAUCAUUCCUUUCUUCGGAUUCCUAAUAGGAAGUAUCCUCAAAAUUUGAUUUUUGAUAUUAGGGGAAGAAUUCAUAUUUACUGAUAUGGGAAAGCAUGGACCUUGCUAUCACUGUGGUGUUACAAGCACCCCACUUUGGCGUAAUGGGCCUCCAGAAAAGCCAGUUCUUUGUAAUGCAUGUGGAUCACGAUGGAGAACAAAAGGAACAUUGGCAAACUAUACUCCUUUACAUGCAAGGGCGGAAUCUGGCGAUCUUGAUGACCAUAGUGGUUCUAGGGUAAAAAACAUGCCUACUAAAACCAGUGAAGCCAAAUUUCUCAAAAGGAAACACGUCUAUGACUACAAUGAGGCUGAAGUUACUCCAGAUUAUUGUCAAUUUUUACCAAAGUGUUUAAAUGAAGACACAAGCAAUGGAUCAAGUUCUGGCUCUGCUAUCUCAAACUCUGAGAGCUGUGCUCAAUUUGCUACUACUCAAUUAAGUGAUUUGCCAGGUCCAACUCAGCCUAAUAUAUAUGAUGCAAUGAUGCCUUCAAAGAGGAAAACAUGUGUUGGUCGUCCAAAGCCAUCGCCUGUUGAGCAGCUCACGGAAGAUCUGUGCACUAUAUUGCAUGAACAACAAUGUUCAUAUACUUCUGGAUCUUCUGAAGAGGAUUUGCUUUAUGAGAGUGACAAGCCUAUGGUGUCCGUUGAGAUAGGACAUGGAAGUGUGCUCAUUCGGCAUCCAAGUUCAAUGGGUAGAGAAGAAAAUCUAGAAGCCAGGUCGCUUUUGACUGAUAAUAAGCAAAACCCUUUAAAUGAGGCUCCUUCCUCAGGGACUAACCCUCUCGCACAUACACAUGAGAAGGGUCAAGAGAUGGGGAAAAGGGAUAAAGAUGGACUUGUAAAACUGCAAAUGUUGGGGCAUAAAAUCUCUUCCUUAGGUCACAUAAGCUUGAAGGAUGUGAAGAUUAAAAACAAUCACAGCGGUUUUGAAGUUGCAGGAGUGCCUGAUGAUGUUAGCAUUGGUAACUCUGUAAAUGUUAAAAGAUCAUUAGACGGAGUGCAUCAGAGUUAUUUUUCAGUGCCAGAGACUGUAACGAAGAGCCCUGAAAGGCUGGUGAAUAUGGGAAACUAUGAAAACAAGGAUGGGGACAACUCUUGCUUCAUUACUCCAAAAUGCCUAUUCGAAUUGCCCAGUCCCUCUAAUUCUUUCUAUGUCCCUGACUGUUCAGAUCAGGACUUGCUCCUGGAUGUGCCUUCCAAUUGCUUCUUUCCCCAAGCCGAACUACUUCUGCCGUCUUGAUUUCUUGAUUACACAAUCAAAUACCACUUAUAGUAUACGUUUUUGUUCAUCCCUACCAAACACCAUUCAAAUACAGUUGUCAUCUAUAACAUGCUACAUAAAGUUAUAUAACAAGCAUAAAUUAUACCCUGCUGUUUUGCAUAACAUAUCGUUAUCUCCUAAGUUGGACUGUGGAUGGGUCCCACUAGGCAGCAUAAUUUUUGAAUUACUGGGAAUGGAUUGUGUGUAUUUUGUAUAUCAUGAUAGAGUGUACAAUAUACAUAUAUAAAAAGCAAUUCGAGGAAAGUUGCUAAUAUCUUGG